AUGGACCACAGCAUGGCGUCAUCGCAGGGCAACAGUUCCCCUCACCGUUUCACCACCACACCUGCUCUCCUCAGCCCCCGCGGCCGGCUUACACCAACAUCGCUCAACCAGCCCUCGCCACGCGGGUUCUACUCAGAACCUUACUCGCCUGGCCUUCUCCCGGGUCACAUGACCGAGGAGUACUCCCACAGCACCCAGAGACCUCGCAAGAAGCCCCGGACACCCCCGAGGACCAGCAAAUCGCACAAACGCGACCGGAGUGAGAGCAGCCUCCUCGCAAUCGGGUCAUGGAGUGACCACAACAGCCACCAUGACACCCAUCUCUCCCAGGCUCAUCGCUUCCACGACGCUCCCCUCUUUGAUGAUGAACUCGACUCCAAGGACUUCUUGGCUGCGCCCGAGGACGACUUCAUCCUCUUCCCCGACGACGUCCCGGAACCCGCUCUGGUACCCUACGAAGCAGCGCUCCCACCACGGGCACCCCGCAUCCCCCGUCUUCGCACACCAGACCUCGCUCCCCUCUCAACAGACGUCCAAUUCUUCCCCUGUCUGGGCGACGAGAGGGAAGAGGACAGGGUCAACGAGACGUGGUACCUCGCUGGUCGAGAGAGGGUCGAUUCGCAGCGUAAGCACUACCCCGCACCUCACGAUCUCACCUUUUGGUGUUCAUAA